AUGAAGCCAGAUGAAUCAAAUUCAACAGUUAAACUUGGCUUCAUCGAUACUGUUUGUAUUAUCAUUGUAACAGUAUGCUCUAUAUCUGUAAGGGUCAGAUCUUUCCAUCAUCCAAACACUUGCGUAUUUGAUGAAGUUUAUUUCGGAAAUUUUACGAAUUUCUAUCUAAAUCACACAUUUUAUCAAGAUAUACAUCCUCCAUUUGCCAAAUUACUUAUGUAUAAAGUCGCAGAAAUCGGAGAAUAUCCUGGACAUUUAGUUUUCAACGGAAAUAUUCCAUAUAAGAGCCCAGAAUAUACGAUGUUACGAUUUACACCAGAGAUAAUUUCAUCUUUUGUACCUCCUUUAUGUUAUUUAUGCGUUCGAUUUCUAGGAUUUUCUUCUUCAUCAGCAUUUACAUCAGGAAUACUUGCUGCAUUCGAGACAACAUUGAUCUGUGAAGGGAGACAUGUCCUUACAGAUGGAAUUUUACACUAUUUCUCAAUACAGCACGUUACAGUUUUAUUAUACUUCCGAACUUUGAAAAAACGAAAUCUUUACUUUCACAUUUGGCAUGUAAUCACCGGAAUAACCCUCGGACUAGCUUGUGCCAUCAAAAAUACCGCAUGGGGACUGAUGGUUCUCGAUGCAUAUGUUUAUCUAAGAUUAUUAUGGCCAGAACAGAAAAAAUCAAUGGACAAUUAUAUAAGAAUUGUCUUUAUAUACGGUUCUUCGCUGUUUGCAAUUAAUUUUGUUGUGUUUUGGGGAACAUAUAUUUUACAUUUUUUAGCUCUUCCUUUUGUAGGUCCAGGAAUAGAUUACAUUGAUUUCAGCUUGCGAAAACAUUUCGUUCCAUACGGAAACAGCUCUUUAUUGCGUCCGAGAUUAGAUCCUCCAAAUCUUCUCUUCAGAACUUUACUUUAUAUAUAUAGAACACACGAGGGCAACAUGAAACUAAAUGGUUUCCACGAAUCACAGAGCCAUCCCAACAAUUGGCCUCUUUUAACAGGAGUUGGUGUUUAUUUCUUUACUCAUGAUUCCAGACAAAUCAGAUGCUUUGGAAAUGUGUUUUCGUAUUAUUUCGCUUUUAUUGGUGUUGUUUGUUGUUGUUUUGCUUACAAAAAACCACAAAAAUGGGAUGCUUUUGUUGUAUCUGUUGGAUAUUGCUUUUCUUACUUCCCAUUCUUCCUUAUUCCGCGUGUAUUGUACUUAUAUCAUUAUUGUAUACCUCUAAUGAUCGGAAUUGUUGGUUAUGGAGUCGCAUUAGAUUUAUAUCUGCCAAAAAGAGUGAAAGGAGUCGUUAUUGUUUUAUCUAUAGCAUUAGUUAUAUAUUUCUAUUGGCUGAUAUCACCGUAUAUCUAUGCUUUGCCUCAGAGAGAUUAUAAUAAAGUGAUUUGGAAUAAUGCAUGGGUUGUUGGUGAUAGCAGACAUAUUAUUGAAAAGUCUCAAGACCGCCACAACUAA